CACUUGACGCAGCUGUUUCAGACGGCUGCGCAUCCCUGGACUAAGCUGUCAGCAGAAAACUCAAAGGAGCAGGAGAUACGCGGACAGAUUUGGGGAACUGCUCCCAAGUGAACACGGUAAAACGGAGAUUGUUUGUGUCUGAAGAACCAGGGGACUGCGGAGAGCUCAAUCCUUGUCCGGGACGCGACAGAAGCGGCUGCGAGAGAAGCUGCUUGAAGCUGCGGUUGUUGUUGGAGCCGUCCUGUUUUUGGAGUUUGCUGCGAAUUCUUGAAACUUUCUACCCUGCAAACGUUAUCCAGAGGGCAAACUGAUGCUGUUGAAGCAGAUAUAUAAAACUUGCAUUUGUUGACUUUGCAGCAGGGCUGGAAGACCCUCUUGUUGUUCGGACCUGGUGUGUGUAAGGACUCACAUAGCGGUACCGUUGCAGGAGGUGUUGCUGAUGCAGGAGUGGGAAAGGAUUUAGUGAAUUUGUGGAUCUCGUUACAUAAAUGCUUUCAACUAAAUGACUGACUUGCAGGAUCUUUAUCAAGACUGAACUCUGACAGACCGCAUCUUCCUGUGUGUUGCCUUCACCGUUGUGCAAUGUUGAUGAAGGAGUACCGCAUCUGCAUGCCUCUCACAGUGGAGGAGUACCGGAUCGGCCAGCUGUAUAUGAUCAGUAAACACAGUCAUGAACAGAGUGAACGUGGGGAGGGGGUGGAGGUGGUCCAGAAUGAGCCGUAUGAGGACCCCGAGCAUGGAGCAGGCCAGUUAACUGAGAAGCGAAUCUAUCUAAACAACAAGCUGCCCAGUUGGGCCAGAGCAGUGGUCCCUAAAAUUUUCUAUGUCACAGAGAAGGCUUGGAACUAUUACCCGUACACUAUCACAGAGUACACGUGCUCCUUCCUGCCCAAGUUUUCCAUCCACAUAGAGACCAAAUACGAAGACAACAAAGGGAGCAAUGAUAAUAUCUUUGGCAGCGAGCCUAAAGAUGAAGAAACAGAGGUGUGUUUCGUGGACAUCGCCUAUGAUGAGAUCCCUGAGCGCCACUACAAGGAGUCAGAGGACUUGCGGCAUUUCAAGUCAAAGAAGACUAACCGAGGCCUCCUACAGGAAGGAUGGAUCAACACCCAAGACCCCAUCAUGUGCUCCUACAAACUAGUGACAGUCAAGUUUGAAGUCUGGGGCCUGCAAACACGCGUGGAGCAGUUCGUACACAAGGUGAUUCGAGAUGUCCUGCUGUUAGGACACAAGCAGGCCUUUGCCUGGGUGGAUGAGUGGAUAGACAUGACCAUGGAGGAAGUGAGAGAGUACGAGCGUGCCACACAGGAAGCCACCAACCUGAAGAUCGGCACCUUCCCCCCAGCCAUCGCCAUCACAGCGACGCCCCUGCCAUCCAGUACCCGCAGUGGGCCCAACAGCGCCCCGUCCACUCCCCUCUCCACCGAGGCCCCAGAGUUCCUGGCAGUGCCGAAGGAGCGUCCCAGGAAGAAGUCAGCUCCGGAAACCUUGACCCUGCCGGAUCCGGGCCGCAGGGAUUCACUCUUCAAACUGCCCAGCUUCUUCUCCUGGAACUCCAGUCCACAGCCAGAAUGAAAGCAGGGCUGUCCCACUGGUGAACGCCCUCGACCUGUGGAUCAGUGGAGGAUGCCUGCCCAGCACAUCCCACAUUGCCCCCUCAGCCAGCUGAAGUGAAUGAGACUUUUCACUGUCCUGGUGAUCCCAGCCUCCCCCUCCCUCCCUCCCUUCCUCCCACCCCUCUCUCUCAGCAGACUCGCCAGUGUUACAGCAAAGCCAACAGCUCUCAGACUGCCUUUACAGGUACAGGCAGGCAGCCUGAUCUCCAAAGCAAAAAGUCCUGCAGGUGUAAAGGUAAUAGCUCAUCCCAUUGAGAGUCUAAUAAAAGCAACUGGAGACUCUUCAUUAUCACCUUUUCCUCAGAUAACAGCCAGCCAGCACCACGCAUCAGACAGUAAGAACUACGGAGUCCAAUUAGCCAGACUGAGUGUAGCGUACAUUCCUGAAAAUGUUUCACCCCUCAGAGCAUCACCUUGCUUUUUAUCCGAGCUCAGGGUGUGUUGAUAAGAUAUGAUGAGAUUCAAUCACUGCACAUAAACUUUAAAUGUACAGAACUUGAGUUUUUGCUUUACCUUUAGCAUCGGGAUCUCUCUGGCUUUGUUAACUGGAGCUUGUGGUUUAUGGUAUCUAUUUAUGUGGUUGGGACUUUUUGACAGAUUCAUGUUGGCCACUGUAUCAGUUGAGUAUUAUGGUUUUCACAGUAAGGUGUAAGGUGAUUGUGUAUUCUUGUAAAUACUGUAUGAACAUUGAAUAACCAGUGAAAUGUCAGUACUUCUAAAAGAAUAUCAUAUCCAGUGACGAGGCCGCUAUGAACUUGCUGUUAUGUAUUUUAAAAGACAGGAUUCUCGCUAUCUUCUGUAAGUGUUUGUUUAUUAUAGUGAGUUCUGUCAGCCAUAAUGUCUUCAAAUGACUUAUGUAAUUGCAUGAUUUUGACUGCAGGAGCUGUUCUCUGUUUUAUCUGCCUCAUACUUGAUGUUGUGUUUUAAAUGAGUUUUUACAAACUGGUUUAUAUGUCGUUUUGCUCCUAUAAUCAUUUCAGCUGUAUUCAUUUUCAGUCAUGCUGUUAGUGGGUUUUGUAUUCAGUAGAUUAAAUGAAAUAAAAUACUGUUGUAGCUGUAA